AUGGGAGCCGUUCGAGACAGGGGAGGCGAUGGUGUCCCGACUAUUCUAUUCGGGCUGGCUGUCGCCUGCAUCUUGGCGGCCACGCUCGCUGACCGACACCUGGUGGAUACGGUAAAGGUCACGGAGGUGGAUCUGGACACGGAGGAGGCGGAUACGGACACGGGGGAGGUGGAUACGGACACGGAGGAGGUGGAUACGGACACGGAGGAGGUGGAUACGGAAAAGGACACGGCGGGGGUGGAUAUGGCAAGGGCAUGGAGGUGGAUAUGCCACGGAGGAGGUGGAUACGGAAAAGGACACGGAGGGGGUGGUUACGGACACGGAGGAGGUGGAUAUGGCCACGGCGGAGGUGGAUACGGACACGGCGGUGGUGGAUACGGAAAAGGACAUGGUGGAGGUGGAUAUGGCCACGGAGGAGGUGGUUUAUGGUCAUGGAGGCGGUGGAUAUGGCAAAGGCCAUGGAGGCGGCUACGGGUAUGGCCAUUAAGGUCAAAGAGAAAAAGAUUAUAUUCGGGCUGGCUGUCGCCUGCAUCUUGGCGGCCACGCUCGCUGACCCGACACCUGGUGGAUUACGGUAAAGGUCACGGAGGUGGAUCUGGACACGGAGGAGGCGGAUACGGACACGGAGGAGGUGGAUACGGACACGGAGGAGGUGGAUACGGAAAAGGACACAGCGGAGGUGGAUAUGGCAAAGGGCAUGGAGGUGGAUAUGGCCAUGGCGGAGGUGGAUACGGAAAAGGACACGGCGGAGGUGGAUACGGACACGGCGGUGGUGGAUACGGAAAAGGACAUGGUGGAGGUGGAUAUGGCCACGGAGGAGGUGGUUAUGGUCAUGGAGCGGUGGAUAUGGCAAAGGCCAUGGAGGCGGCUACGGGUAUGGCCAUUAAGGUCAAAGAGAAAAAGUUCGUGUCUAAGUCAAUUAAACCAGAAACGAUGUGCGAAAAGGCCGUCUAA